AUGGUGGCGGUGUGGCUGAUGGGCUGCCUGAUACUGAGGACCUCCUACACCAGCUCCCUCGUCUCCCACCUCGUCGUGCAGGGGAAAUCCACGACCAUCAACAACUUCGAGGAUUUGGUGGCACUGCAGAGGCAAGGGGGAUGGAAGUGGGGGACGCACACCUUCAGCGGCGCCUUCAACCUCCUCCUAAGCAGCAGUGAAAACCCUUAUUACCACUUCAUAAAGGACCGCAUGCAGGCCCGCAUAGACAACGACGAAGCGGUGCAGAAGAUCCUUGCUGGUAGGUUCUCGUACGUUCGCAACUACUACGGCAUCAGGAUCAUCACGGAGAGUUACACCACCGCAGGAGAGAACCCGCUUCACAUCGGGACUGCGCGGUACCCCCUGUUUGCCGGGAACACCUUUGCCUUCAGGUGGGUAGCGCGCGGACUCAAGGGUCGGGUGGGUAAAAGGAAUAUGAUGAUGGAAUAGUAUAAAGUCCAUAUAAGCAAUAGAAAAAGUAAACGGUAUCUGGACACCUCUCCUCCCGAAAUUGACCUCUCUUUCGGCCACCUCUUUGGAUUCUUUUUA